AUGGGUUCAUCAAAAUUAUUGUCUGGUGUUUCGAACUUUCGAUAUGCUCCAUCUGCAGGUUCGAAGUCUAAAGUUGCUGACUGUGUCGAUUUGGAGUUUAUUAGCGAGGUGGAAAGACUUGAGUCAGAGAUUAAAAGCUGUAACAAUAGUGGGAAAGGUGAUAAGUUUGUCGCCGGAGAAGGUUUUAGCGGUAGGAAAGUUGACUCCUUUGUGUCUGGUGGUAGCAAUUGUGGCGCCGUCAUGGUUGUGGCAUUUGGCAAGGGGGAUGAUAACAUUCCUUGA